AUGGAUUCGUACCAGGCCAGGAUUGAAGACCUAAAUAGCGACAUUCUGCUUUCACAAGCAGAGAAUAUCUUCAGAACAACCAUCGACUCGUCGUCGUCCAAUCUCAGCGACCCCCGUGGCAUUGGCGAGGAAUUAGCCUAUCUCAAAGAGUUCUGCUCCAAGCUUAAGUUCCAAUACUUGGAACAGGAGACCAGAGACAAGUUUCUUCGGCUUCUUCUAAUUGAGGACAACCAUAACGUCUCCGAUGAGGAAUUGGACCGUAUAGUUAAGGAAAACGUGGAGUUGAAGCAGGCACUCAAGCAACUCAAGUCAGAAAUGGAGAAUGUACUCGAGAGUAGUGAAUCUACGGCCGAGGACGUAGUCAAACUCUCUCAGGCGUAUCAAUCUAGGCGCAUAGAGGUAGAUCAGGCACUUGCAGACGUUGAGAAUCUCCAGAACGAGUUGGAUUCGUUAUUGAAAGUGCCCGAAAACGAGAAUCAUGUAACCCUCUUCAAUGUCAAGCGAUUGAUUGAUACCGAGGAUAUUGGACUUGACCAGGCGAUUGAAAUAGCAGAAAAUGAGGUUGUGCUGGAAAAGAGGGCAUUGUCAGACUUGACCGGUGCUAUUGAAAGGGCGCAAGAUGAGGUUUCUACGAAAGAUACGUUUAUAGCUAAUCUCCUGGAGAGUUUGGCUCGAUUACAGACGUUGGUGGAGCAGGAGGAGCAGAAACCUAAGCAGAAGAUUGAGCCCAAACAGGCUUAUGCUCAAUGGCUUCGAGACCUCAAUUCCAUGGUUGAAAAAUUUGUUCCUAUUGAGAUCAAGAUCGAGAUAGAGAAGGAAGGUGGAAGUGGUGGAGCAACAACAAGCACCACCAUCAGCAUCGCAAAUACCAAGUUGAAGAUAGACCGACAGAUGAAUAUUUUACAAUGCACCAAUUCAAAGGUCACUUCUCGGCUCAUAGCAGAAGUGAAUUGUGCCGAAGAGGAUCGGAAGUUCUGGCGACUUUCGCAGCUACUCAGCGAGAUUAUCUUUGAGCAGUGA